UGUCACCGGCGUGAAAAGACGCGUAUUGUGCCUUAUCAGUUCAAAACUCUUUACGUAAAAGUAUCGAUGUUUUUGAAUAAAAUACACAUAAAACGUAACUCGUGAUAGUGAAAAUUGUGUUCAAGUGCGACAAAUCAAGUGAUUCGACAAUCAAAAGUGUGAAUUUAUCUGUUUUAUCGUGGUUUUAAAACAAAAAUCGCGGGUAAAACUUUUGUAUUAACGGAACUGAAUCGUGUCGGAUUUUUGUGCUGAUAGUAUUGGGUUAUUCGCAUAAUGACUAUGUCGUGGUGACAACGGCGUGAUGAUGAGGCUCGACGCACCGGAGAAGCAGCACAGAUACCACAAUCUGUUGCACGACGACCAUGCCAAUGAGAUGCUAGAAGGUGAGGGUGCGGGGCUGGCAGCCAGGGUUGCUGAGCUGGAGGUGCGGUGUGCUCGUCAGGCCGAGGAGCUGCUGUGUCUCCGGUCAACGCUAGCUGACGCCCUGAGGAGGCUCAACGCUCUCGAGGGUCGAGCCCCCACCGCACCCAGCGCGGGACAGAGAAAUGGUGCUUAUUCUGGUUCUACGGGUACCCCGACGAGAGAGCUACGACUGAAGCAGCCGUCGUACCGGGAGACUGCCAAGAGGACCUCCAGCUACGGAUCCAAUAUAUCCUCACUACCACAAAGACGCGGACCUCAGCACCAAUCAACGGGUUCCUUGCAGUCGGACUCGCCAGCAUCUUCUUCAUCUCUAUCACCAGCUCCAUCACCCUCGCCCCGCGCCACACCUGCACCACACCAUGCACCUUUACAACCUUACAGAUCACGAAACAACUCUACGUCCAGCAACCAGAGCGUCUCGCCCGGGGUCAACAACCUCACCAAGCGCUGGAACUCCACCGGAGACUUCAACGCCCAGGGACUGCUGCCUAGCACUAGAUUCACUACAACAAAGUCGUUGCUAAACUUAUAUUCUAAGCCGUCACAAAAUGGACCGAUUCUGAAACAUGGCACCCACACAUGUCAGUACAACGAGGAAGAUGGUACGAUGCGCAUGUACCUGCGAGGCCGACCUGUGGUGCUGUAUGCUCCUAGCGAACAUGAAGGCCUGGACCCUGCGAAAGUCGCUCCACCACCGCAGAGCAAAUUGAAGCUGGAAUGGGCCUAUGGAUACAGAGGCAAGGACUGCCGCAGCAACCUGUACCUGCUGCCGACCGGUGAGAUAGUGUACUUCGUGGCGGCCGUCGUGGUGCUGUUCAACGUGGAGGAGCAGUGCCAGCGCCACUACACCGGACACACCGACGACGUCAAGUGUCUCGCCGUACACCCCAACAAGCUCAUCGUGGCCAGCGGACAGUGCGCCGGACACGACCGGCUGGAUGCCAGGCCCCACAUCCGCGUGUGGAACUCGGUGUCGCUGUCGACGCUGGCGGUGCUGGGCGCGGGCCACGUGGAGCGCGCCGUGCAGUGCGUGGCCUUCUCGCGCGCCGACGGGGGCGCGCUGCUCGCCGCCGUCGACGACGGGCCCGACCAUACCAUCUCCGUCUGGGACUGGCAGAGGCCGGACAAGGGACACUGUCUGGCUGAGACCAAGUGCUCAGUAGACACGGUGGUGGCGUGCGAGUUCCACCCCCUGGACCGCAACCAGAUAGUGACGUGCGGUAAGAACCACAUCGCGUUCUGGACGCUCGACCAGACCAACAUGCUCUACAAGCGGAUGGGAGUGUUCGAGACGAGGGACAAGCCUAAAUACGUCACCUGCCUCGGGUUUAACCAUAACGGCGACGUGCUAUCAGGCGACUCAAGCGGCAACAUAGCAGUGUGGGCUCGUGGCACUAACACGGUCGCCAAACUGGUCCGCGGGGUCCAUUCUGGCGCUGUAUUCUCUCUAUGCGCUCUGAAAGAAGGUGGGGUCCUUUCUGCUGGAGGCAAGGACGGUCGCCUGGUACUAUUUGGGCCUGACUUGACUCCCACGGGCCAGGAGGCCGCUAUAGAAGGCCACUAUGGAGGUGUCAGGGUCGUCGCUGAAGGAAGAGGAGACCAGCUCUACGUUGGGACCACUAGGAACUGUAUUCUGCAUGGCGAUAUGCAACUUGGUUUCUCGCCUGCUGUGCUUGGUCACGCAGACGAGGUAUGGGCAUUGGCGACACACCCCACGCUGGCGCAGUUCGCGUCGGCCGGCUGGGACCGCCUGCUGCAGCUGUGGGACGGCCUGUCGCACUGCACCGUCUGGAGCAAGGACAUCGAGGAGCGAGCGCAAUGCGUGGCGUGGUCGAGUGACGGCGGAGUGUUGGCCGUGGGCUGCCUCACUGGCAAGUGGCGCGUCUACGACCCGCACUCCAGGGACCUGCUGGCCGAGCAUACUGACGGGAAUGAGCCAAUCCAAACGAUUCAGUACUCUCCGGACAACUCGAUGGUAGCUCUAGGCUCUCGUGACAACUUCAUCUACGUAUACCGUGUCGAGGAUAACGGGUCUCGGUACAGCAGACUGGGGAAGUGUCUUGGACACUCUAGCUACAUAACUCACUUGGACUGGUCGGAGGAUGGCCAGUACAUCAGGAGCAACUCCGGAGAUUAUGAGCUGCUUUACUGGAACGCCACAACCUGUCGUCAGAUCCCACAGCCGACGUCAAUGCGUGACGUGGUGUGGGCGACCAACACUUGUCCCAUCACGUUCCAGACUAUCGGGGUCUGGCCAGAGAACGCAGACGGCACUGAUAUUAAUAGUUGCACCAGGUCCCACGACAAUCGGCUGGUGGCUACGGGUGACGAUUUCGGUAAAGUGAAGCUUUAUGCUUACCCAGUAACUCAGCCUAAGUCGCUGUGCCACCAAUACGGCGGACACUCAUCCCAUGUGACGUGCGUUCGAUUCCUGCCUGAUGACUCGCGCCUCAUCACCACUGGCGGCCUCGAUACCAGCGUGUUGCAGUGGGUCGUGGAUUAAUUUACUAUCAAACAAAAAUAUAGGAAGCCGAGAUUUAUAUUCAGAGACAGAUAAAUAUCUCAUAAUUCUUUGUCUCUAUAUAUAAAUUCCGGGUCAAGAUCCCUAAGACCAAUUUAUGUGAUUACGAAACUAAAAAUCAAGGUAUCCAAUCACUUUUGACAUUAGUCAAAUUAUACAAGUUUAUCGACAAAAUCAUACAUUGCAUAAAAUAUUGCUUAUUUUAAUUAGCACAGAGUUAAAGGUUGAUUUUUUUAUGAAGGUUUAUUGUAAGUAAGUCAAUCUUUAAUUGUAUUUUCAAUGUAAUUAUUGCUAAUGUAAGUCACUAAAUGUGGGCUGUUUACACACAUGUGAUUUGCGACGCCUACUACAAACGCCUAUUUAAUGAAUGUUACUUCAGUUUUCAUGCACAUUGUGCUGUAUUCUUAUAUUUAUAUUUAAAAUAUUGUACACUAAACGUUGCAUAGAUAGGUGCACGGUUGUGAUCAUAACGAGCUAAGUAGAAGGACAAUUUAUUUGUAAACAUUUGUCUUUGAUCACACAGAAUUUAAUAAUCAAUCUAAUACAACAAUACAAAUGUUUACUGAUAAGUACAAUUGUUAAGGGAAUCCGUCGAUUUUUAACACUAAGUGUAGAGCGUGUAUGGCAACACUAACGUUUUAACGAAAUGUACACACACUUGAACACUGGUAGGUUUUAUGUGAUUGAGCUUUUUGGCGCGUAAUUUUAAUAUUUUAGGCAUAAUAUAAUUAUGUAUGUACACAAUAUUUUACAUUGAUAAGUGAUAAUCAGAAAUUGUAAUACAAAUUAGAUUAUUUUCUUUUUAUUUUAUUAUAAGAUCUGCGUUUUGUGAACAUUAACUUUAUUGAAACUGUCUGAUCUAGAUGAGGUCGGCAGCCAUUGUAAGUUAGUAAUAUUAUUUUAUUGUUUGAAUGACAAGAAGUUAAUUGUAAUUGUUUUAAAUAAUAGCAACAUGUGUUAUGUUGAUGCAGCUUACAGUACAAAGAAAACACUUAUUUUAUAGUCCACUGAGACGGUAAGCUUAUCCAUCCGAAGUUUUGGCGGGUGUAAUGUACGUAUAGCAUAGAGCAGAGGAUAGCUUGAUCAGUUAUUCAUAAUUUACGUAAGUAAAAGUAUACUAAACAUUAUUCAUGAUUCGAGUACAUUCCACGAGCAAGUUGAGCCUAACAGUAACAAUAUAGUUUCGUGUUUCAGUAGGAUCGUAAGGUUUAGUAGCCUAGUCACUGCGACAUCCGCAUCGGUGUAAUUUCUCACGUAACGUAGCACUAAAGUUAUUGUAUUUGUAAAUAUAUUGUACGACGGUGCCGCCGUCUGUUCAUUGUGCCUCCAAUAUAAUUGAAUAUUUAAAA